ACUUUCGAAAAAUCCCUCGAAAUGGGCAAGACUACACUUCGACGCAGCGAUGGAAAAUUCGUGAAGGACGAAAAACAACAUGGCAUCGGAAGCAUCGCAAAACCAUGGAGCCGGUAAAAAGCUUCAAGAUAUCAAUGUAACUGGAGAUGAGCUUGCUAAAUUCUCGAAGGCCUUGAAAGAUGAAGGCUUUCGAAAGCUCUUGGGUGAAUAUGUGGAAGAAAUACAGGAUCCUGAGAACCGAAAAAGAUACGAGGAGGAGAUCGCGCUGCUGGAGCAGGAGCGCGGCUACGACGUCACCUGGAUCCACCCGCAGCCCAGCUUCGUGCUCAAGCUGCAGACCGAGGCGGCUGGCAAGGCCUUCAUCAACGUCUGCAGCAACGGCCACGUGGGGGCGCCCAGCUGCGCGCCGACCGGCGACCCGCGGCGGCGCGGCCUCAACUGGUCGAUUCCAUACGCGCAGUCGCGGCCGCGGGAGGAUCAGGACAAGGCGGGCGCCCGCUGCACCGUGUACGACGUCGUCUUUCAUCCGGACACGCUGUACAUGGCUGGCAAGAACCCGCAGAUGCGCCGACUGGUGGAGGAGACUGCCGUGCAGGCGGUGGACGAGGCAUUCAAGGCCGGCCUGAAGCGCUCCAAGGUGGCCUACCCCAAGCUCAAGUACAAAGGCGUGCCGCAGGCGAGCAUCGUGCGCCGCAGAAGGGCGGACGCCGCUGCCGCCGCCGGUGAUAGUGGUGAUGACGCGUCCCUGCAGCAGGCCGUGAUAGAGAAGCUGCGGCGUGAGGCGGCGGACCUCACGCUGGCCGAGCCGGCCGCCGAGCCUGCACAGCCCGCCGACGCAGGUUACGAGACGCCCGAGCACACACUCCUGUAUCGCGAUCACUUCGACAUGCAGCAGUUCGCCACGCGCUGCGGCGGCGCUGGCGCGCGGCCGCAGGCACUGGUGGUCCGGGUGCUGCUGCCCAAGCUGGCGUCGGCAGCCGGCUUGGACCUGGACGUGGGCGCGCAAACCCUCAAGCUGCGCUCGGAGAGCGGCCAGGCGCACCGCUACCGGCUGGAGCUGGUGCUGCCGCUGCCGGUCGACGACAAGGGCGGCAGCGCCACGUUCGACCGCUCGGCGCGCGCGCUGGUGGUGACGCUGCCCGUGCGCCCGGCGCCGGCCGACUGCAUCCAAGACAGCGGCAUCGACAGUGAUUGUGCUAAGAAUGAGUCGGACGACGACGCGUACCGGACUGCGCGCGGCGGCGGCCAGGGCGACGCGCCCGGCGGUGACGCAGACGGUGGUGUCAUGAUGUUGGUGGAAAAAGAGCCUGCCGCGGCCGACACCGACGGUCCGGCCGCGUCCGAGCCCCCCGCCCCCGCUCCCGCCGAGCCCCCCGCCCUCGACCCCGCCGCCGCCUCUGCUCCCACGCCCGCUCCCGUUCCCUCUCUUACCCCCACGUCCACUGCCAUCUCCGCCGUCCAGCGCCCCACUCCCCCGAGGCUCUACAGCCUGCCGCAGUACAAACUUGAGCAGGACGCCACGUCGCUGCACCUGCUGCUCACCGAGCCCAACCUGGAGCGCGACUCGGUGCGCGUGACGCGCGCGGGCGCGGCGGCGCUCGACGUCACCGUCACGUCUGUGGGCGCCGGCAUGACGCCGCUCUACUUCCGCUUGCGGCUGGCGCUGCCGGCCGAGGUCGGCAAGCCGGCCGUACGCUUCGCCGACGACUGCGUCACCGUAAGCGUCGAGAAGCGCGACGGCGACUGGGCCUGCUGUCACAUCGGUGCGGACGAGUGCACCCUGGCGGAGGUGCUCGUACCCUGGAAGUUGGAGGAUCCCGCCGCCGCCGCCGGCGCGCCGGCCCGCUCCAGUGCCUCAGCCUCGUCGCUCGGCUCCGUCACGUCGUACGAAGGCCCGCUCUCCGUCACCUCGCAGUCGUCUGUCGACGAGCUGUCGCAGAAGAAGAGCAUCCUGAAGAAGCGGUACGGCAGCGAGUCGUCGGCGGACGAGGUGUUCACGCCCGGCUCGUCGCUGCUCUCCAGCUCGCUGCUGCACGUCUACGACGAGGCGGACGAGGCGCGUGCCAAGAAGGCGGUCCGCUUCAGCGACCGCGUGCUGGAAAAGCGCUACAGGAGCACGUCGACUAUUUUGCACGACCUUCAGCGUACAGAACGACAGCGUCUGAAGAAAAAACGUCAGCGCGCCGCGCGCCGACACAGCGAGGGCGACACGUCUGAAAACGACGAGUUCCGCUCUCCGGCUAGAGAUGGCGCUGCGGUUGUCGUCCGCCCGCAGCCGGUCGUGCGCCGCAGCAGCAGCGAUGGUGACACGUCUGAGAACGACGAGUACCAGUCAUCCGCGACAGAUGGAAGCACCGGCGCCAUGGUGGGUAAACAAGGUGCGAAGAAGCGCAAGAACAAGCGCAAGCAAGAUCGCAAGCAAAAAGAUCUGCUGAAUAAUGAGCUCAUGUUUGAUCUGGAUAUGUGAUACAAUUUUUCCCCACCAGAGCCGGAUGAAAUGCGACUUCAUUAACACCUUGGCGAAUGCUCGCGAUACCCGGGACCUUGAUGCAUGCAAUGUAUUUUGCAGCCAUAUCCAUGUUUGCUUCGCUAAACGAAAAAAAUGUUAACUUUCUUUAAGCUGCAAUGAGGUUUCUUAUUUUGCCACAUGGCUGCAUUGUGUUGGGAGCAAAGUGGGCGCCUGAAUUGCAUCAUAUUAUAAUUAUGGGAUCCAGGGAACAGAACAUUCAGUCAUUCAAGCUAUGCAUUUUGUUGUAAUGUGUCUUGCCUUCUCAAGGUGAUCAUUGCUGAUUUUACGUGUUAAGUUUGGAAUCAUUGGCGUACUUUCGUGCCGAGGGUUUGCGACUGGCAAGGGACAACCACCAUAGUCAACACCUGCAAUGUGUUUUGUUGAAAUUAGCAGGAAUCAUGUCAUGAAUCCACGCGUUGUAUUGCCGCUUUUCUGUUAACGUUUUUUGUUUCUUUUUGUUUGGUGUUGAUGGGGCAGUUGCCGACGUUCGCGUGCGCCGUAUUGUCUGUUGUCGGUGUGCCGUUAUUUGCCCCUGGACAGCCCGCCCCAGCAUGUAGGCCGUAUCUCUCGAGCCGGUACUGGCGGUUUGACUCCGCCCGCUCCCGCUGCCCCGCGCUACACGCACCGCCGGCUCCCUGCCUGGCUGACCGGCCAGAUUCAGUGAGCGAUCUCCGCAGGACGGAACAGUCUGUGACCAAGGUGUGGGCGUGCCUUGUGCGUGCGCCCACAAGGUACUACAAAGCACCUCGUAUACAAGCAAACAAAAAAAGUGUAAAAUCUAAAGUACAAAAACAUGUAACGCAACUGUAUGUAGACCAUCCCUAGCUGGAGCUGUGAUGCUGUGGUUUGCGCGUCGAAACCGCUCGCCGUCGGUCCGGGCUGCUGAUUGGUCGGGCCAAACGUGACGUGAUUGGGGGGCCGGGCCGACGGCACCAUGGCGAGCCGACGGGCGUGGGCUCUUGUUCUGAUAGGGUAUCAGCCGUUAGCUGUAUUCGGAUGCCGUCGGGCGGGGGCGGGGCGAGGUGAACCCAGCGGGUUCAGCCCCCGCCCCUGCUACACACGGCACUGCUGUGACCAAAAUGCUGUGAAAGACAAAUAAAAAUCGCAAGAGAUG